CCAGGGUUUCAGCAGCAACUGCAUCCCGCGUCUACUACUUCUCAAGUAGCCGCAUCAACCAGCACCAAUCAAGAACUGCGGCCUUUUGGCAAUGAGUCACCAAGGAACGAAUGAUGGUACUGCUAACAGCUGUGAUAGGUCAUCAGGAAAAUCGGAGAAUACAGUAGCAAAGCAGGAAAGUGUCAAUAAUAGUAGUCGUAGUAGUAACAUAGGUAGUAGUGCUCAGCCGGAUCGUUAUCAGCAGAUGGGGGGGCUUUUCCUCCUUCCUAAGAACCUGUCCCUGCAGCAUUUCCUGCCAGCGCAUGCGGGAAAUCGUCCAUGGAAUGAACGGAGCGGAAACAGUACUGACCUCGCGGCAGCGUCGACUGCGGAGAGAGAAACUUCGCAGGCACAGAAUGCAGUUUUCGGAAAUGCGGCGGCAGUGCAAAGUUUUCCCGUGCCGCCUUCUUCGGGGCAGCAACAACGAGCGUUCAGUGAUCCGGGAUCCAAGAUCUGUGGAGGCAGAGAACAUUCCUGGAUCCCAGCUCGACAAAACGCCCCCAUUCGCCCUAGCGAGCAGCAUGCAUCAUUCGACGACAGAAGCACCACCCAGCCUCACCCCCUCUCUGCUCCCACGCACGGGCACGGCAACUCGGGAGAGCUAGAGGAAUCGGGAGCGAAGCGGGAAAAUCAGGAGCAAGCGGAGGGACAG